AUAAAUGCUACAAACGCGGUGUCGUUUUCCAGGGUGCAACAAAACUUAUUUUAAUUAUUUUGUGUUUGGUUAAUACGACCAAUUCUGUGAGAAACUAGCAUUUUUUACCGCAUUGCAGUUACUAGAAACAUGUUCUACCAUAUUUCCUUGGAACAUGAAAUUUUGUUGCAUCCGCGCUAUUUUGGGCCGCAACUGAUAGAAACGGUAAAGCAAAAACUAUACACAGAAGUCGAGGGCACAUGUACAGGGAAGUACGGCUUCGUGAUAGCCGUUACAACGAUCGAUGAUAUCGGAUCUGGUGUUAUCCAGCCGGGUCAAGGUUUCGUAGUUUACCCGGUAAAGUACAAAGCGAUUGUGUUCCGACCGUUCAAGGGUGAAGUACUGGACGCUGUCGUAACGCAGGUCAACAAGGUUGGAAUGUUUGCCGAGAUCGGUCCGUUAUCCUGCUUCAUUUCGCACCACUCCAUACCGGCGGAUAUGCAGUUCUGUCCAAAUGGUAACCCGCCGUGCUAUAAAUCGAAAGACGAAGACGUCGUCAUUGCGCUGGAGGAUAAGAUUCGACUCAAGAUCGUCGGUACCAGGGUAGAUGCGACGGGAAUCUUCGCCAUUGGAACCCUGAUGGAUGACUAUCUGGGAUUGGCUGGUAGCUAAGCGCUAUAUCAACAUUCUCAGAUUGAAAUACGUAAUUUUAACAUUCUAAUUUAAUUCAAAUAAACAUGAAGAAAAAAAGGUUUGAUGAGCCAUAGGGUAGAUGAGCCCUUAUUCAUAUCAUGUCAGGUUGUCACACUAUUUCAUUGAUAACUCGGCUAUCAUUGGAUUGCGCUUCAACAGACUUCAACAUCUUUGCUUCGUUCCUAAGAAGUAAUGCAAUGAAAAAUCUGGCCAGGAAAACGUAAAAUACUCGCGUUUGAGCGAAGUGAAAAGUUGAGUACAAUGCACCCUUGUUCAUCCUACCAUUUAGCUAAUACACUGAAUAGAGAUAGCAUCACGGGUGGCUGAUACAUUGAAAUCUUUUUAUACGAUAGUAAAGUGCACUGCACAACUGGCCAUAUCCUUACGAUUGAUACCGAUGCUGACGUUUUCACUAAACUGACUGAUUUUCACUAUUUUGCACACUCGAUCAAGAAAGUUUUACAAGUUUGAACGGGUCAUUUAUUCAGUAUAAAAAGACCAAACGUUCAGUACCAAGAACUAUUUUUCAAUCGAUGAAAACACGUGAGACAUUAGCAAUUUUCUACUUGAUGGAUGCUCUUAAUUAUAUGGACAUUUACAGGUUCCUUUCAAAAGUCCAUUUCAGUGGUUUGCCGCUAAAACAAAAUAGUUUGAUAUCCAUAUGACAUGCAUCAGCCAGCAGAAAUAAACAUCAUUGUCACUACAAAAUGGGUGGAAUGAAAAGGUGCGACGAUAAGUUAGAGAACAGAUAACCUACUAACAUUAUUCAAAAAUUAUGUAGAUCUCCAAAAUAUAUCAAAAUAAAACAUUA